AUGGCUGCCGAUGAACCCAUGCAUGCAGAUUACCCCUGGAGCCAAGUGCAUUCUCGACCUUUCGCUUCACGGCCAGCACGAACAGACUCACUCACACUCCCGGACUAUCAUCCUUGACGGAAAGAGCCCCAGGGACAAGAGUCGGCCGCCCGUGAAUGAUUCCGAUGAUAGUUGUUGGGUGCAUUUUGUGACGGCCUUUCUGGGUAGUCUGGCGUGAGGGCAGGAUUCACCAUGUGGCAAGAGGCUCGCAAACAGGAGAAGAAGCUCCGGGGCAUGAUGGUGGACCACAAACGACGCGCGGAAAGGCGACGAGAAUACUACGAGAAAAUAAAACUGGAUCCCACCCAAUUCCUGCAAGUCCAUGGGCGGCGGAGCAAGAUUCAUCUGGAUGCUAACGUGGCUUUGGCCGGAGAUGCGCCCAACACUAUGAUGCCUUGGCAAGGCAACAAGGAGACCAUGAUUGAUCGAUUUGAUGUGCGGGCCCAUUUGGAUUUCAUCCCGGAGGUCAAGAGCAAUCCCAACGAAGAUUUUGAUCAGGAGAAUGAGAAACGCUUGCGGGAAAUCAAUUAUGAGCGCUAUCGAAUCCUGGUGCAAAACGACUUCCUAAAAUUUGGCGAGACCAAGUUUCUCAAGACGAUCGAGUUAGAGGAACAGUUUGGCGGCAAGACCUAUCAAGCUCAAAAGGCCAAAGAUGACAAGAAAAAGGUCAAAGACACGAAAGCCGCCAUUGCCUUCACUUACGAAGAUUCCACGGUGGAAGCUGCCAAACCGACCAAAAAAGACGUGCUCGAGGAGAUCGAAGAUGAGGACGAUGAAGACUCUGACUCCGAUAUCGAUUUGGAUCUUACCGUCGAUAUUAUGGCCUUGGGCCCGGAUACUCGGGACGACCUCAACAUUGUUGGCAAGUCCUAUCGCGUGGGCAAAGGCGAUUUCAUGAAAUUUCUAGCUCAAGACGUCCACGAACAGGAACAACUCAAGGCGGCCAAGUUAGCCGAAGAAGAACGGGCUCAACACACCGGUCGAAAAUCGAGAAAAGAGCGACGAAUGCUCCGGGACAAGAGACUCUCAAAUCGAAGAGGCAGUCCUCCGAGUUAUGCUGCCAAAUCAUCCACGAUCAAGACGUUCGGGCGAUACCAGGACGAAAAUAGGCCAGAGCGUGAGCAAGAGUCUGGUUCGGAAAGUAGCCGUUCUCCGUCCCCGGUCAAUGCGGGGAAAGUAGAGUUCAUCACCAGUUUUGGUGGUGAAUCUGAGUCCGAGAUGACCAACGACAUCCCCCCUCAGCGUGGCUUGUCCAACGCGUCAAAGUCGAGAUUGAAAAACUUGCGACGCAAUCUUUCUCGAAGUCCAAAGCGAGAGACAUUUGGACCGAUGCUUCCCAAGAGCUAUUCCGUCAAUCAAGGAUCAUGUCGACGAUCCCCGUCAAAAACCUCAGCUUCAGAUCAGAGACGACGUUCACGUCGAAGGUCGCGAUCUGUUAGCUCAUCAAGGGAUAAGCGAUCAUCCAGAUCCCCCGCACGACGAAACUACAAGAGGAGAUCGCGUAGUACAUCCGUCUAUCGGUCAAGUCGGCCCCCACGCUAUCGAUCAAAGUCCCCGAAAUCACGAUCGAGGAGAAGUCCAACACCACCCAGACAUCGACGAAAAUCGCCUUCACCAGCCUUAUCCUCCUCAUUCCGGCGGAACAAAUCUUCGCCCAAGCUCACAAAAACGAAAAGGAGACAUAGUUCGGAUUCAUCUUCCACUUCUUCUGCUCAAGAACUGUCCCCAAAAGCUGAUUCUAAAACGGGAUCAAAGUAUCGUUCCAAGUAUCGCAAUCGGAGGAGAUCGUCAAGUUCGGAAAGCAGUGUAGAACGAAGAAAUCAAACCAAACGCCCUGUUUCUAAGAACGGAAAUGGAACAUCGCCUAAGACUAGAUUCUCAUCAUCAUCUUCGUCUUCAUCUUCUUCUUCUUCGCCAUCGAAACGGAAACCCAAAAUCGCUGUUCUCAAUCCGAUGAAACCCAUUAAAAGUUACUAUGAGCAAGUCCGCGCCAAAGUUGGGCGAGAUUCGGAUGAGGAAGAUUUAGCCCUAGAUCGGGAUGAAAACGAAACUCUAGACAAAUCACAAAAUGGCUCUGGCUCGAAUGAUGGAUCCCAUAAUAAUUCUAAAGCUGAAAAAUCGCAGGACGAUCGAGAUGGAUCCUCUUCCAAUCUCCUUACGAACUCAUCCGUGAAGGAUAAGAUCAAGAAGCGAAUGCAAGCUCAAAUCAAGCGGCAAUUUCGCAUGGACAAGUUGGCUGAGGAAGAGAGGAAACGUAAACUGGAGGAAGAAAGGCUGUACCGUGAAGAAGAAAUGAAGGAACUGGCCUUGCGCUUAAGACGCAAAGAGCGCGAGAAGCGCCACGGGGACUCUGAUUCGAAUCAAGGAUCGGUGGGAGCAUUUUCAGAUCGCGAGGAAUUUGGACCUGUGCAAGCCUCGUCCACCAAUCGAGAUCAUAAGCGGGUGCGAUAUCGCUCACCUGGGAACUCUCCCAAGAGGAGGAGAUCGCGGGAUCAUUCUCGCGAUGAUGAUGAUCGAACGAGGCGAUCAAGAGCUUCUUCGGAAGACAGGGGUAAAAUUAAGUUGGUGGACUACUAGGUCUUGGAUCGUAUUCUACUUCGAUUAAUAAAUUAGUGCGAUUGCUAUAUGUUAA